AUGCUGACCGCGUUCCGGAGAAGCGUGACUCGCCGAGUCCUGUUUCCCAGCAGGGCGGUUCCCGAUGCACUCGUCACGCGAAUCCUCCCUGGAGCUGUCAAUCGGACCAUUGCCCCAUCCCUCGUCGCUGCUCGGCCUGUCAGCGUCUCGGCAUGGAUGCGCUCGCCGGCCAAGAGCGCCGCCGCCGUGAAGAAGGCCAAGAAGUCUACGGCGACAAAGACGAAGAAGAAGCCUGCCUCUAAAAAGGCCAAGAAGCCUGCUUCCGCCAAAAGGGCCAAGAAGACCAAGCAGGCCAAGAAGACCAAGAAGACCAAAAAGGUCAAGACCAGAAAGGCCAAGAAGAAGCUGACCGAUGAAGAAAAGGAAAAGGCGAACUUGAGGCAGCUUAGGAAAAUGGCCUUGCUCAAGGGCCCCCAGCUGCUUCCCGAGACGGCGUGGAGUGUCUUUGUGGCGGACAACUUUGGUGCGGAGGAGCAAGGCGAGUUCCCCGACAAGAUCAGGGGGCUGGCAGACAAGUUUUCCCGACUGUCUGUGUCUGAAAAGGAGGGCAUCAAAGCCACUGCUCAGUCCAACCAAGCUGUCAACAAUGAAACUCGCCAGAAGUGGGUCGCUUCUUACCCCCCAGAGGCCAUCUACAUGGCCAACAUUGCCCGCCGCCGCAUCGCCCGCAAGCUCGACAAGUCGCGCCUCUACCUCAUCCAUGACGUUCGCCUGCCAAAGCGUGCCAGGACGCCGUAUGCCCUCUUCAUCAAGUCGCGCUUCCCCCAAGCCAACCGCGAGUCCUCGAGCGGUAGCGUCCAGGACGCGUUCCGCUCCAUGAGUGAAGAGUGGCGAUCCAUGUCCGACUCGGAGAAGCAGCCUUUCCAAUCCAAGGCGGCCAAGGAGGCGGAGGAUUCGCAAACCCUGCUAAAGGUGUUGAAGGGAAAGGCCAAGGACUACCAGAAGGCCAACAAUAUGCCUGCUAGUCAGGUCCCUUCAUAA